CCGUCUGUGCGUGCGUCCGUCCGUCUGUGCAUCCGUCCGUCAGUCACAAAGACCUAGGCGCCGCAGAAUGGAGUAGCCAUGGAGUGAAGAGUCCCAACACUAGUCUCUGAAGUUUUUGAGGUGAAAAAAUACGUUUUGCCCAAGUCUGACGUGACUGUAAACGCACCGCAGACCUACAGCGUUGCAGUUAUGGGACUGAAAGUUGAGUCUUGUGCCAAAUAUACAUAUGGCCAACCUGUACCUGGUCAAGCCUUAGUGGAAGUGUGCCGUGAUCCGUUUCCAUACAGUCUGCUUCAUCAUUUGACUGGACAGUGCCGGACUCAAACCACAAAGAUGAAUGCCACGGGCUGUGCCUCUCUUACUGUUGAUGCGUCAGUGUUUUUCAACACCAAAUUUGAAGCCCAAAUGCAAGAUGCAUUUCUUGUUAAUGUGAAUGUUACUGAGGAGGGAACAGAUGUAAUGGUGUCAAUCUGCAAUGGUGUCCUUUACAAACAAAGCUGUAUAUCUCUUGGAGGGGAGCACAUAGCCCAGAGCACCAACGAACUGGCCGGAUGCAUGGAGAAUCGGGAUGCCUGGAAGCAACAAUGAAAGGCUUGUCUGAGGACGACUUGGCUAGAACCACACCCAUACUGAUGUAUGAAUCGAAAGACAACAGUAAAAAACUUUACUGUGGACAUGGACCAUGUGAUUUAUUGUUCUGCUUGAACAAUCUGUAGCGGUUGUCACCCAGUUGAAGAUCCGCACCUCAACAACUUUCAUACAAAAUUUGGUCCUUUGAGCCGGAGCAGACAGCUACUACAGCAUUACCAUGUCUAGAACAGAAAGACCGGCUACAUCAGUGCCACCAGUGGGUCGACCAUGUCGACAGGUCACCCCACCAAGAUACUUCGAUGACUUCUAUGUUGAUUACACAGUGCAGCCUACAAAUGGUGCCACUGGAUCUGAACCAGGUAAAAGGCCUGCAUUUAAAGAGUUCACAUGUAUUGAAAGCGGACAAGAACUAACGAAAAUUACGAGCACUGGAUCAAGUGAGAGGAGUUCGUAUGUGGAGACAUAUCAAGAUUUACCGCCACGGCCAAUGCCCCGUACUCGGACUUCUCCAAGGCAAAUAAUUUAUGCAGAUCAGAGUUCUCUCCUCAAGUCCAUAUACAGCAGCCACUGAGGGCAGGUCAGUUCUGCCUAGAGAUCAAGAUGAUCCUCCUCAGCCCAUGAGGGCACUGUCUGUAGAUUCACGAGGUGACCUUCUGCAUUCUCAUUCUGUCAGUCACAAAGAGAUUGAUUGUCUCACUGACAACCUAGAACUAAAUCUACCAGGCUCAGCAACUCGGCUAACUUCAAGUCAUCCUUAAACCAACUCAAUCCCAACACAAGCUAGCCCAUCAAGAAGAUGCUACAUAUCCUCAACCUGGUAUUAGGCACAGAGACAGCCCACAUGGUUACUACAACACAGACCACAGAGGCCAUAACUAUAUGUCCACUGACCAAAGAGAUCGCAACCAAUAUCCCGCAGCUGUUCAGUUUAUGCCUCAGGACUAUAGUCAAGAGACGGCAGCUAUGUAUGGGACUUGGAAAGAUCAUAGUCUGUCAGCUAUUUCCCUUUCACUGAACCAUGUGGUUAUCAGCAACCUUAUCAUGGGAUUCCAGCUUCAAGUCCAGUCUAUCAAGAAGGGAUACAUUAGCUCACCAUGCACAUGAGAGACACUCAGACAGCUAUGGUCAAUCAGCUCCUAAUCCUACAGACAAAUCAAGCUUCUUGACCCCACAACAGUACGCAGAUUACGCUCAGCCUGAGACAUAUCAGCCAUACCACCCAGUGCACCCUCCUUCUCUUCCAUAUCCUCAUGUAGAGCCCACCUACAGAGGUCCUAUCCCCACCAUUCCUCAUUUUUGCAGUAAAGAUCCCACAGAGUUUGCAUGACUCAAAUUUGCACUGGAGAAUUUGCUACCUGCCGAGGCUACAGAACGUUUCAAGUACCAAAUACUCGUUGAUCUGAAACAGGAGAAUGCCCUGCUCAUUGCAGACUCGUAUGUCAACAGCAGGUACCCAUACACCAACACCAUGAGGUUUCUAACUGCACUUUAUGGUCAACCACAUCAACUCGCACUACAAGGAAUGGCAGAAUUGAUGGAUGGCCCAAAAAUCAGGAGUGGUGACACUAAAUCUUUGAGAAUGUUUGCCCUCAAAGGGCGUGUGUGAGUUGGAAUGCUGGACCAACUUGGAGCUAAAGGAUAGACGGAGCUCAAAUGUGGGUCACAUGUUUCACGUCUCCUUGCCAAAUUGCCUCAUGAUCUUAAAGCAAACUUCAGAAGGUUUGUUAACCCCAUUCAGAACCCAGUUCCAGCACUGAUUGAACUCAGCGAUUGGCUAAAUUAUGAGCUCAGAAUACAAGAGGAUGAGUCACAGUACGUUAGUAAUGUAAGCAGAGCCUACUCUCAGCCACCGAGAGAACAGCAAAGGAACUGCAUGGUGGCCAACAGAGUAAACCAGCAAGUGUCCCAGCAGUCAAGAAGGAGAAACUGACAAAGUACUGCCCCUUCUGCAACACUGUGCAGCAUUACUACAAUCAGUGCGCUAAUUUCAAGUGAACUGAGUCUUGGCUGAAGUCAAAUCAGAAGUGCUUUACGUGUGGUCGUGAUCACCAGAUCUCACAAUGUAAUCUUGAAGCCAAAUGUGAAGAGACAUUUAGAAAUACUACAUGACUUCAAUGCCCAAGGUAAACAUGAAACACAAGCUUCAGCAGAAAACACUUGUCUUGUGAACUCGGAAGUUGAGACUUUGUAUAUGGAUGGACCAACUGCAGGCAGCAAAGUUCUUUUGAAGGUCAGCCGAGUGAUCUUGAGAAAUGGAGAGAAGGUACUUGAUGUAUAUGCUAUGUUGGAUGACUGAUCAGAGAAGACAAUGUUGCUGUAUGAAGCAGCACAGCAACUUGAUCUUCAAGGACUUCCUGAAGAUAUAGCCAACUGUACUGUGAGACAAGGCAUACGGGUUGUUCAUGGGGCGGCUGUUUCAUUCUCAGUAGCUUCUGCAUUUCAGCCAAACAAAUCCUUCACCAUUGAAAGAGCUUUUACAGCCAAAGAACUGAGUGAAGUGAUGUAAUGAGAAGGGUUUCAGUGAUUGGUGGUGUGUUAAUGAUGCUUUGUGUGUUGAUAAUGGAAAUCUGGUUUUGG